AUGGCGUGUUGGAAGGGCCACGGCACGGGGGCUUUGGUGGCGAUAUCUCGACGCAAACCGACUUUGACGCCGCUGCACGUCGCAAACAUUGCGUUGACGAUUCCGUUCGUCAUGGGCAACAACUUCGUGACCAACAAACAGGUCACGGCAACGACUUGGAUCGGGGUUUGUUUUCUCUGGUUGUCCAUGGGGUGGGUGCGUGUCCUCCUCGACUGUUGCGAGGAUUACAAAAAGCUGGCGGCAUCCGCCCGAGAUGCGACGCUUGUCGCAGCUGUCGUGGACAGCUUCCCCGACAAUACCGACGACGACUCGUUCACGGCCGUCGACUACAACGCAGCUACUGAACGCGACCCAGCAGCCACCUGA